CUAACCCCUCCCACUUAACCACGCCCAUCUAUAAUUAGCAUAUUAGACCAUGCACCACGAGAUACUCUUGACGCUGUCAGGAUGUCCUGGGGACGUGUUUAUGACCUCAAGAGAAACAGGACACUAUGAAAUUAUUCCUGAUAUUCCUUAUAUACAUCCGAGCGAAGUAUCAUUAAUUAACGGGCUUGUCUCCUUGGGCUCUUACUAUAAGUUCCUCAUCGAUUUCGUCAGCAAGCAAACGUCAGCCAUUGUUAAUUUGGCCACACCCCCUGAUUCAGAAGAAAACCAAUCGGGUUUAUAUUUAAGAGCAUUAGGUUUCGGUAUUAAUAAUGUGUUGGAACCCUACAGGAUGAGAUUGGUGGAGGUGGAACAAGAGUGCAUUGCUGAUCCUCACUUGCCUCUCUCACACAUAAAGCACAGAUUCGAGCAGUUCCAGUUUAUUCUGCCAUCACUUGAUACUACUGUGAGACACAUAAUUCGCUGCAAGCUUCAUGGCUGCCAAAUUCUCAGCUGCCUUUAUGAAAGAACUGCUUGUGGUGUCCCUUCACUCAAGAAAUGCUAUGAAAAUCUCCUCAGAGCCUGUCAUGGUGUACUGUACAAACAGCUCUCCUCCUGGAUGGUCCACGGCUCCUUAAAAGAUGACUACAAUGAAUUCUUUAUUGCAGUAUCCGUUACGCCAGCAGCAGCUGCAGUUCCUGCUCAGAGAGAGGAAGAGGAAGAAGAGAAACAAGUCUCUCCUACUUUACGCAGGUAUCAGAUCCAACACGAGUUCCUACCAACUUACAUACCGCCUAGAGUUGCUGAAAAAAUAUUAUUUAUUGGCGAAGCUCUUCAAGUCUUUUUAAGUAAGGACCCUUCUCCUCUCUCGGCUCUAAACACUCAAGAACGAUUCUCCAGCCACUCCGCGAGGCAGCUCAGCUCUCACCAGUUGAAGUUUGUGAAGCUGUUGAGUGAGUUACAGCAGAAAGAAGAGGAGGAGGAGACCGGGUUUAGUUUGAGAGGAUUUGAGAGUUGUGCCAGUCAGAUAAGAGACAUCGUUGCUGAGCAUCUGUGGCUAUUGUUGGUGGAAGAAGCAGAUCUAAUAAGUAGUCUUCAGGUUAUGAAGGAUCAUUAUUUGCUUGGUAGAGGCGAACUGUUUCUAACUUUUCUUGACAUUUCAAGUUCCUUCAUGAGCCUCCCUCCUUCAAAUGCAACACAGCACGAUGCCAAUGGUGCCUUCAGACAAGCAAUGACAAAGCUUGGGAUUGAUAAUGACUCCUCGUUGCAGCAAUUCCGAUUGACAGUCCAAACCCCUCCCACUGCCCCGCCCACCAGUGAUAAGAGACCAGCCCCAGUUACUAACAGUUGGGAUGCUUUGGGGCUGGAGUAUAAACCAAAAUGGCCGCUUCAUAUACUCUUUACUCCAACUGUACUGGAAAAGUACAAUACUUUGUUCAAGGUUUUGUUGAGUAUUAGACGGGCCCAGAUGGCCCUGCAGCACACUUGGUACCUUCAGAUGAGCAAGAGACAGCGUGGAUCAGGGCUACUCUGGCAACUGAGGGUCCACAUGUCUUUCUUGAUUGAUAACCUCCAGUAUUAUGUACAGGUUGAUGUGCUUGAUGUUCAGUUCUCUCAACUGAUCAACAAAAUCAACUCAACUCAUGAUUUCGAAUCAAUCAAACACGCCCACGAUGUUUACCUUAGCACUCUCCUAACCCAACUGUUCACUAGAUUGCCUCCAGUAUCUCAAGGUCUCAAUGAGAUUAUUGAUCUGUGUCACCAGCUCCAUACUCUUGUACAGACAAUGCCUGAUCCAUUGACUUCUAAGGAGAAGUCCCAUAUAGACAGGAUGGCAAAGACUUUCAGUCGUCAAUCCUCACUGUUGUUUCGGAUCCUCUCAAAUGUCAAGACUUCUCUCUCAUCUCCCCAUUUAGCUCAACUCCUGCUAAGAAUCGAUUACAAUAAAUUCUUCUCGUCCCAUUCAUCUCUCCUUGCCUACACAUCAUCACUUACUGCCUCUUAGCUCCACGAAUACAAUGAUUUGGCAGUCACAGAACUGUUUAGUAAUUAUGCUGUCAAAGAAGCUUGCAUGUUUGGCAAAUAAUUGUAUUAUGCAUGUAUGUUGUGCUUUAUGCAGCUCAUUGCUUGCAUUUAUAACAGAUUGUGACAUAAAAGAAACUAGAUUGACAAUAUUAUAAAAUCUA